AUGGCUCAUCAUGAGCUGCUGCUACGACCAGCUCCACAAGGGCUCUGCAAGCUCUUCCUGUGCUGGCUCGCUAUCGAGGGACACUUGAACCGAGCCUAUGGAGUUUCUGACAGUGAUGUGGUGGGUGUGGCAUCGCACUUGUUCGGAUCUAGUCGGACGUCGGACCCUGCCGUCAAUCGGCGGGCAGCAGAAGAGUAUUGGAAGGCCAAAGACCUACAAGAAGCACAGCAUAGGUCCAGACUGGAAGCAGAGGCGGCAGGGCGACAGCUCCAGCUAAAUGC